AUGAAGGUCGCAGUUGCAGGAGGAAACACCAGCGUUGGCCUUGCCAUCGUCGACGGCAUUAAAGCCCGCGGAAAAUACGAAUGCAUCAUCCUCGGCCGCAGGCCGCACGCCGAGCACGAUGUCCUCGUAGUCGACUACGCUAACAUCAACAGUCUGGCAGCGAAACUGGAAGAAGCGCAGGUUAAUGUUGUCAUUUCCGCCCUCUCCAUGGAAGACGACGCCUGCGGCCAGGCGCAGCUCAACCUCAUCGAAGCCGCCAACCGUUCCAAGUGCACCAAGCGUUUCUUGCCCUGCGAAUUCGGCAUCCAGUACACCGCUGAACGAGUCAAGAACCUGACCGGCCUCUCCUUCCACUACAAACUUACAGCAGUUGAAGCGCUUGAGAACACAGAUCUGGAGUUCUCUCUCGUCUCCUGCGGCAUCUACCUCGACUACUGGGCGACAUCCGUCAUCCCGUCUCGGCUCCGGUUCUGCCAGCCCUACUGGCUCGAUUUCGGCCACCGCCUCGCCGCCAUCCCCGGCGACGGUAACGCGCCUCUCGUGCUGACGCACACGCGCGAUGUGGGGCGCUUCACCGCCGCGCUGCUCGAACUCCCGCGUUGGGAGCGCAGGUACACCAUCCGUGGCGAUCGCUUGACGCUGAACGAGGCCGUGCGCACGGCUGAGGAGGUUAUGGGCGUGAAGUUCGCCGUCGUGCACGAAUCGGCGGAGAAGUUGCGGGAGGAGGGCGCCACGAUUUUGCCUGGAAUGGAUGGUUUAGACGAGGCCGCUCAGGCCGUUAUGAAGUCCAGGUUGGCGCAGCUGGGUAUCAAUUGUUUGGAGGGAUGCAUGGAUCUGGAUGGGUCGGCUAGCCUCAACGCCAUCUUCCUUGACAUUAAGCCACUUACGGUGCGGGACGUGGCCGAGGCCUGGAAAGAAAAGUUGCAAUGA